AUGGCUACCAUGGUGCAAACCGGGAGCGUGACGACGACGACGACGACGACAACCACCCCCCAUCUCAAGGAAGGCGCCGUCAUAGACGUGCAGGAGAUUCCGAGUGGCGCCCGGCCGGCGCUGUUAAUUCUGCACAACGAGGGCGAGGAGGACAUUGUAGGCAUCUUCGCGGAUGUCCUGGGCCAAAAAUGGGAGUCGGCGACAUCGGUUGACGACGCACUGGCAGGGCCGCCAGAGACGGUCUACGGUCUAAGCAAUAGGCUGGCCAAACCGCAAUUGGACGCCUGGGACCGUUCCAGGCUGUUGAUCAACACCCAUCGCGUAGACGGCAGUUACGAACUGGACGAGAGCAUCACCGACCGAUGCGACUAUGAAUACCUCUAUACCCGAUCGCCAUUCUUCCGUCGAGACGUGUCGCGGUACCUCGGCUUCAUUCUGGGCCAGAUCGGGCCCCAUCGCGAUCUCACCAAGAAAGCUCGCACGACACUGAUAUCGACUACUUUUCCCGAUGUACACGCUGCGCUUCCUAACCUGGAUAUCCUAUCCGUCGGCGCAGAUGCGAUCGAAAUACGAGUCGACUUGCUGGAGGAGCCUCUGCCAGAUGGGUCAGUUAGCAAGAUACCCAGUUUGAAGUAUGUCGGCGAGCAGGUCAUGGUACUGCGCCAACGCACAGAAUUGCCAAUCAUCUUCACCACGAGGUGCACAAAAGAAAAUGGCCGCUUUCCCAUGGACGAUCCCUCACUCUUCUACCGGUACCUCGCGCGCGCGAUACAAUGGGGCUGCGAAUAUAUCGAUGUGGAACUGUGGCUGCCAGAGGAGAUUAGGAGGAAGCUGGCCGAGAACAAGGCGUGCACCAAGAUAAUCUCGGCGUUCCACGACUUCUCGGGUAACUUCAAGUGGACCUCACCUGAAACACAGCGCCUGUUCGAAAUGGGUGCCGUGUAUGGGGAUAUUGUCAAGAUGUACGCACUGGUCAACUCGAUGCAGGAGAACUACGAGCUGGAGUACUUCCGGUCUACUAUACAGGCCAAAUAUCCUCACCCGCCCUUUUCAGGACUCAACAUGGGCCCCAUGGGCCAGCUAUCAAGGACGCUGAACAAGAUAUUCACUCCAAUCACACAUCCAUUGCUACCGAUGAUUGCGGCGCCUGGCCAGCUUAGCGCAGCCGAGAUUAAUGCAGCGCUCCACACUAUGGGCCAGAUGCCGAAGCAAGACAUCUACGGUAUCGGAAGCUUUCGAUCGACGUCGCAAGCCAUGUUUUUCGAGAAGUGUUUCAACGAGCUUAGCCUGCCGCAUUCGUUUGGGUUUGCAGAGAGAGCACCCAAGGCUUCGAUUGAGCACAUUCUUCGACGCAACAACUUUGGUGGUGCAUACAUCAACCCACCCUUAGCGGCUUCGGCGUCUUAUCUACCUUCCUUGUCGAAUGCUGCGCGGGCCAUUGGGCAAGUUGAUACCGUGUUGGUGCGCUCGGGGACGAGCAACGCCUCCUUCAUAGGGGACAACACGAGAUGGAAGGGUAUCCGGGCAACACUGACUCGCGACUUUGUGCCCUCAGCAUACAGUGGACAGGCAGCCUUGCUGCUUGCAAGCAAUGAGGCCGAUGCAUCAGCCUCGAUUUUUGCACUGAAGAACCUGGGUAUUGGGCCCAUAUAUACGAUAGGGUUCAGAUCCCACGGGCCACUAUCCACUGACGUGUCACCGGUACGGUCGGUAGACGACGUGAAGCGGCUGCAGCAGCCGUUUGUUAUCAUCUCGGCUCUGCCUGCUGAGAAAUCGCUUUUGGUGGUGCCCCUGCUGAAGCACUACAGGGUUGCCGGAAGGAAUGGAAGCACCAACGGACAUGGGGCGACAGGAACGAAGGCUGCAGGCAAGGUGUUUGUUGACUUGGCCAGUGGGCCCCGUAAGGCCGACCCAUUGGCAAUUGCUACAUCAGCCGGAUGGACAGCAUAUGGUAUUGCUGACGUCUCAGCAUGGACGACAGUUGAAACAAUACGGAAGCUCGUCGGCCAAAACGUGUGUUAUGAUUUUGUGCGUUUGGCAUCCGGAAGGGGACAUUUUUAA